GGCGGGGUCGGCCCCGGGGCAGACGCGGAUGGGAGGGGGGGAGAAGCGAGUCGAAGCGGUGACGGCAGCUCUGCGUCUAGGGUGGGGAUGGCCCCGUGACUGGCCUUGGUGCCAUGGGACUGGGAAAGACCGCGCGUAUAUGGAGAGCAGUAACGGCGCCUACGCCGGGGCACUGGAGAAGGAAAGGGCCUCGGCGACAGGGUCCUCCGGACACCACCGUCACGCAGCCUCGGGCAAGCGUGAAAUCUCGCCGUGAGUGGCCACCGGCGUUGCCCUUGGCUUUCUGUUUAUCAUAAUUGUGGAGGAUUCCAGCUGUCUGCUGUGUCUAACCAUAAUGAGCUCAUCACUGGUUGCUUAUGACGAUUCGGACUCUGAGACAGAAACUGAAAAGACUGACGUUCCCCAUGCUUCUAGCAGACAAGCAAGCCAUCCAAGUACUUCUGUGAAUUGCCAUCAGUACUUUACAUCUGCUAGUUUUUGCACAAAAUCUGCAUAUGAAGUGCAGUCUCCUAAGAACACUGACAACUCUGUUAUGAGCACUGCUUGUGAAGAUCCCCUUGAGCAUUACACGCAGAAUAAUAACACAAAUUUGGCAUCUCCUUAUUGUAGGAGAGCAUACUCUGGCCAUACUGCAUUAUGCAUGUCCUACAAAAACUAUGAACAACCAUCAAGCUCUUCAACAAACUCUGGCAAUGGCAUUUCCCAGAAGAGAUUGCUUAAAGACAGUACCACCACUAUAAAAGGAAUUAGACCAUACAUCCCCAAAAGGUUCCGUCAAGAAAAUUCCACUAUGCUUAGACAAAAGGAACCUGAUCAGAGAAAUAGCUCAGAUGAUGAUGUUAAACUGGACAUAGCAGGAGAGCAGACUUUAAGCAAGAUCUCUGGAUUAAUCAAGCCAUAUUUGGGAUCCAAAUAUAAAUUAACUGAACUCCCCAAAAGUUUAGUAUUUUACAUGUCUAAACACAGUGGUCCUGUUAAUGAAAUCCAGUGGUGUCCUGUACGAGAACAAAGUCACCUGCUUCUCUCGGCUUCUAUGGACAAAACACUCAAGAUAUGGGAUGCUGUAGACACAGGCUGCUGUUUAAAAACAUACUCCUGUCACUCCUGUGCUGUUCGAGCUGCCCAGUGGUCAUCUUGUGGAAGAAGGAUCCUCAGUGGGGGCUUUGAUUCCAUGCUGCAUUUAACAGAUGUUGAAACAGGGAAGCAAGUAUUUAGUUACAAAAAUGAAUUUAGGAUCAGCACGUUGAAGUUCCACCCUACAGAGUCAAAUGUUUUCAUUUGUGGAGGAUUCAGCCCAGAAGUUAAAGCCUGGGAUGUAAGGACUUCCAAGGUGUUAAGAGUGUACAAAGCUGCAGUACAACAGACACUGGAUAUACUCUUUCUCACUGAAGGAAGGGAAUUUCUUACAAGCACAGAUGCGGUAAGCCGGGACUCAGCUGAUCGUACCAUUAUUGCCUGGGACUUCCAAAGUGCUGCAAAAAUCUCCAAUCAAAUUUUUCAUGAGCGUUACACGUGCCCAAGUCUGACUCUGCACCCAAAAGAGUCUGUGUUUGUUGCCCAGACAAAUGGGAACUACAUGGCUUUGUUUUCUGCCCAGCGACCUUACCGGAUCAACAAAAAGAAAAGAUAUGAAGGACAUAAGGUGGAAGGAUUUGCAGUGGGCUGUGAAUUUUCUCCAGAUGGAACGCUUUUGGUGACAGGAAGUUCAGAUGGUAAAGUGGUUUUCUACAACUAUCAUACUGCUAGGAUUAUUCGCACUUUGUCUGCACACAAAGAAGCUUGUGUGAGUGCAAUAUUUCACCCAGUCUUGCCGUCGCUUCUUGCAACAUGUGAUUGGGCUGGAGAAAUCAAGAUCUGGCAGUAACAAGCAGAGUUACUUUAGAAUAUGUCUCCUGUUAGUCUGUCAGACACAGAAAAUAAACCAUGCUGUGUAAUGUCAAAUCUGAGCAAAGCAGUAGUCUUCCACCCUCUCCUGGUCUUAGUGAUGAUUUUCUGUCUCUGCUAUCAGCCUUCUGGUUCACAUCUAGCCCCACCCUUGAUGUGAAUAGCUAAACUUCAGAAAAUUAUUGCUCUUUUUAUGUAGCUUUUCAAUGUAACUUUCUUUAGCCAGGUUUUAUCAUAAAAUCAUUCAUGCUGGAAAAGACCUUUAGAGAUUGAGUUCAGCCAUUAACCUAGAACAGACAAGUCCACCACUACACCAUGUCCUGAGACACCACACCUACAUGUAUUUUAAAUGCCUCCAGGGAUGGUGACUUCACCACUUCCCUGGGCAGCCUGUUUGAGUGCUUGCAACCCUUUUGAGUGAAGACUUUUUUUUCUAACAUCCAAUCUAAACCUCCCCUGGCACAACUUGAGGCCAUUUUGUCUUGUUCUCACCAAAAACUGGUGAGGACAUACUGCUUAAUGGUGAGGGUGUUCAGAUCAGUAAAUGGCUAUUUGGUCAUCCUAGGGUUUUUUUUUCUUUAGUUUAAAGUAGUUUUCAAUAACUUAGCCACCUGACCUGGUCACUGAAGGAUUAGGAAGCAAAGGAUUAGAUGAGCAAUAUUGUAGCUCAAGGCAAAACAGCUUCUGUGCUCAAGUAGAGGGAGUAUGACAGAAAAGGUGGGUCUACUUCUUUUGGAAAUGAAUAGCUGUUACCAGAUCAGCUUCUGAGAGUUCCCAGGGAAAAGUGUGUGAGAUAACUUUUAAGCUAUUUUUAAAGUCAAUAAAUUUGUGUUCUUCAAAUCCUGAUAUUUAGACUUGAGUUUUAAGCUUACACUUGUGACUGUACAUGAACAAAACAGAUCUAUGUGUAUAUAUUUGUAAUGAAAAAAAUAAACUCUUUUUUAUGUACAUGGUA